AUGUACUAUGGAUUCUCAUUACCUCGCGCUCAUGAGGAACUUCAUCUUGUGUGGGGUGAUAAGGAUUUAUUUCGAUUCGCGUGGCUUAAGUCCAAAAGUACUUUUCACAUGACAGAGCGACCACCUGGUGCAGCUGGAACGAAACAUCCUGACUAUGAUCUUUUUUGUGGGGUGACAAUGGUACAACAUGAUCCAAGUGGUCACGUGAUAUUCAUGCAUCGAAAUACUGAGAAACUUACGUACUCGAACAAUCGAAUAUUAUGGACUCAUAUUCAAGAAUUUAAAAGUACAUCAAAAUUAAAAGAUUACUAUGUGCGUGGUGCAAAUGGUGGCAAAGUCUUUCCUCAAUUCAAAAGAUGUUUUGGGAAGGACGUGCACUAUGCCAAGCUUUUUACGCUUAAGCCAAUGAGUGCGUAUCCGUUUGAAAAGCUUGAAGAUGAUCUUUUGCGAUAUGCUGCUUCUGGGGCUGAUGUUUUACGUCUUGCAGGGUAUAAAGAUGUGGACGAGAAGGAGUAG